AUGAGCGCCGAGGCAUUGGAGUUCCUGAUUGAGAAUCCCAAUAUGAUUGAGCGCGUGUGCGACAAUGCAAAGCCCUUCCUAUUUCUAGGUUCCAACCACGAGAGCGUAAUGCACUACAGCCCGCAUCAGAAUGUCUCUUGGCAGACAGUAUACAGCCCGUGGAAAACAGGCUUCUUGCAGGUUGGGCUAGGCUGUAUAUGCGCCAUAUCCAAGAAGAGGGGUUGCACGAGGCUGACCUCCAUCAUCCCACCGUUCACCAUGUGCAGCCCUGGCGCGCAGAAGCUGCUCGACGAGCUCAGCUUCAUACCCGGGGCCAUGUUCUGCAGCGACAUUGCUGAACGCCUCAGAGCCCUGCUCCGCUACGCAAUGCCCCGAGCGGCUGAGAACCAGAUCAUGCUCAGCCCCUACCUACGCGCGAUAUUCGACGACGGCCAGUUCGGCACGUACACCAAGUGUUCCGUGCAUUUCUCCGUGCACUGGAUGCCAAUGUUCCGCAUGCACCCUAACACACUCGUCGGAGGCGACACGAACCGUAGUCAUCUCGAGUACAUACUCGAGCUAGACCAAGGGUACCUGAAACUCAGAGAUAUGGUGCUCGAGACGGAUGCCGUCACGAAGGAAACCAUUCCCAACGGGUACCAGUGCUCCGUAACACAUCAUAAUUACCAAAACGCGGAGAACAUGUUUGUCCUGCUUGCCUUUCGCUGGUUGAUAACCAUGGCUUCGUGCCUGGCGGGAUCGAUGGGAAUAGGAACGGAUCGGGAGGAUAUCUCAACAGAAUGGGAGGAGAUUAUACGAUACGAAAGUGAAAGCGAAAGCGAAGAGCAGACCAGUCCAGUGCAGCCAAACACUAUCCUCACUAUCACCACUCUCGUCGCUCUCGUCGCUCUCGUCGCUAUCAUCACUAGGUAG